UCACUUGGUCGCGUACUCUAUAAAUCCGGUCGCAACAUGGACGAAGCAGCCCUUGAGCUACCAAGACCGAUAGCGUCUUACGCAAGCAGAGAAAUGGCUUCCACCAGUAGCUGCCAAAUCGACGGGGAGUGGAUCAAUGACGUGAGGGCUCGUGUAAAUUUAGUACAAUCUAUGCACCAUCCCAAGAGAUCAUGCACCAUCUUCAGGGUCCCCGAGCACAUCCGACGGUUGGAUCGUGAAGCCUACGAACCACUGAUUGUUUCCCUCGGACCUUUUCACAACGGCAAACUAGGGUGUUCCUUCAUGGAGUGCCACAAGUGGCAGUGUGUCCGGCACCUUCUAUCGCGUCAUCCAAGUCCGGAGCAUGCGAGUCAAUUGUUGAACCAGUGCUUGUUGGAGUUGAAGAAACAGGAUAACAAUGUCCGGAGCUGCUACUCUGAGGCAUUAUGCCUGAGUACCCAAGAAAUGGCAUUGAUCAUGUUGCUUGAUGGGUGCUUCAUCAUUUAUCUCAUGCUAAAAAUGUGUCCCAGGAAGGAAUCAUUGAUCAAGAAGGAGAGAACAAAGGAGAAGGGGAUUGCAAAGGAGAUAGAAAAGUUGGCAGGCGAGGCGAGGGAAGGGGAGGUUGUUUUAAAUAUCGAUGAGAAGGAUGAACUGCUUGACAGCCCAACUGUGGCAGGGCUGUUCACUAUGGAUGUAGUGGUUUAUGAUUUGCUGAAGCUUGAGAACCAAAUUCCUUUCUUCAUCAUCCAAUUGCUAUUUGAUCAUCUCAAAGUAUGCGAGGAUGGACAGAUUAAUCUUGUUGACCUUGCUCUUCGGCUUUUCGGGGGCAUCCAUCCCAAGGAAUCCAUAUCAUUCAAGAAGAAGUCCCCCGGUGAAUACCAUCAUCUGCUCCAUCUAUUUUAUUCAUCUCGGAUCCCUUCAGAAAAGCCAGUAGAGUCUACAUCUGCACCAGGGGAAGCUGCUCCUUCACAAGGGGCUUCGACAUCUGCACCGACUUCGAAAUCUAUACCAGGAUGUAUUGAACUCGUGAAGUGGAGGAAAGCAGAAGUUGAUCCUCCACGAAGGUCUCCGACAACUGCACCCAAGUGGUUUCCCAGUGCGACGGAGCUCGACAGGGCUGGAAUAAAGUUCGAGAGGAAGGAACAGGCAGACAGUUUCUUGAACAUAAAAUUCCAGAAAAGGAAGAUACCACCACCGCUAUGCCUCGGGAAGUUGUUUUUAAUGCUUAGGAGUGGGCGGAUGGAGAUACCACCACUGCAAAUCUAUGACUAUACCGGUCCUCUCUUCCGAAACCUCAUAGCUUUCGAACAGUGCUAUUUUGACACUGAGAUGUACAUUACGAUAUACGCACUCUUUAUGGAUUGCAUCAUCGACCAGGCUGAGGACGUGCAGUUGCUCUACUUGAGAGGCAUACUGGAACAUGGGCUAAGCAAUGAUCAAACAGUGGCAGACCUCAUCAAUCAGUUGCGCAGUAAGAUCCACCAUUUUCCGGAAAAGAACUACCUUUUAAAUCAGAUUGAGGAAGUGAACAGCUUUUAUGAAGUCACAUGUCACAAAAGGGUUGCUGCUUUGAGGCGAGACUAUUGUAGCAGCCCAUGGGCUACAAUUUCAGUGUUGGCAGCGGCCUUUCUUCUCUUGCUGACCGUCGAGCAGGCAAUAUUUUCUGCAAUGUCCUAUGUUCAACCUUUACAGAAAGGGUGAGUGGAUGAGAAAGGAUUCCCUCCAAACAUGGAUACCGGAGAAUUUUUCGUUUAUCUAGGGAGAAUAUAAACUAGGCGAUUAACUGUGGUUGUUAGGUAGUAUAGAUAAAUGCGGUUGGCUAUAUUGUUGACCUCAUAAAAAAUAAUUUGCUGCUAUGCAUCAUGGUUGGUUUGUAAUUUUCUUCAAAGUUAGCUAUUGGAUCUAAUAUUGUUGUGUC